GCGUGCGUGCGUGCGCGCGUGUGUGGCUGCCAGCGGGGGGAGAUCAGCUGCUGUCCAUGCUCUCCUCCUAAUGUCACAGUUUAACUCAGCUGCUUGAAACACCAGCUGCAGCAAUGGGAUCCUUCGGACUGAUCAUGGGGAUUUUACAGUACGCGGGACUUUACGUUCAACUUAACGCAGGUCUGCGUGACGGAUACGUAAAGGUGGAUAAUCACAUCUCUGGAAAUGCUCUGUUUACGGAGAUUCCUCAUGAUGUUACAACACAGAUUGGAGAAGACAUAGAGAUGGCCUGCUCUUUCCGCGGGGCAGGCUCUCCCUCGUUCUCCCUGGAAAUCCAGUGGUGGUACAUCAGGAACCACAAGGACUCACAAGGCUCAGCUUCACAAAUCACUAACACGGUUGAUAUUCUGGAGGAAAUGCCAAAAGAUGCCACCAAAAUUAGUGUGGUAAAGGUGGCUGGCAGCAACAUCUCCCACAAACUCCGCCUUUCCAGCGUAAAACCAGCAGACGAGGGCACCUACGAGUGUCAUGUCAUUGACCACAGCGGCCCGGUGGAGCAGCGCUAUUGUGUCCAGGCCUACCUCCGAGUGGAGCCCAAGAGGCUUCGGGAGUCUGAAGACGAUCUGCUGCCGGAACUAGAACACCACUCAAAGGGGAGUCACUUACAGCAAAACAAUGGCCGGGAACUGAGAAAGAGAUCAGUUCACAGCAGUGCUGACUGCAGGGGGCGCUGUGUGCGUUAGAGUCAGCAUUCUUUUCCUGUGGAGAGACUGUAACCUCUUUUCUGACAUUGGAGACAUGGUAUUUCUGAAAGGGUACUCCAUGCAUAAUGAUCUGAUUUCUUUUGUUUGAUUUUGUUGCAUGGAAGCCCGUGUUUGUGAAUGAUAUUUAGAGGGCUCUAUGUAACCGGACAUUUUUGGUUGUUCUUGUUCUUUUUUCUUACUUUAUUCUUUUUGCUGCUGUUUCAAAAGUAUGUGUGCAGUAUCGACAAGGAGUGAAUAAAGUGACAUUUUGUCAUUAGCUUCUAAUGAUUAGCUACAAGGAAACUGACGUUACAGCAUGCACAGUUGGAACCAGAUCCAAACAUUGUAUAGAAAGACACCCAACAAACCACUUAGCCCUGAUAGUCUGACAAUAACACUCACUAAAUAUUUCCUGUUCUAGAUCAGUAAGAAUUACCGUGAUUAUUUGGUAAAUGCCAGAAAAAACAAGCAGAAUGAGUGAUUUGUUAAAGAGAACCUGUUUUCUUCCGGGACAGGCUUGACAUUCAUAUUGAGUUUAUAUUUGCAUAUAAAUGAUGUAGUCGUUGACUGAAUCAUAUGAAAAAUUAGGCAGGGUGACCCCAGAAAUGCUUUAAACUGAAGAAAGUACAUAAUAGGUUUUAUUUAUUUUGUUCUGGUAAAUAAAUUGAAUUCCAGUCAAUUGAGAGUUGAAAGACUACUGUUUAAUUUAUAAACCCUGUCCGAAGUUUUGGUGUCCUCUAAUCUUAUGUGAACUUAAACUUUGUUUUUAUAUGUGUGUCCUAAAUUAAUAUUGAACCGUACGCAUUUUGUUGAGUUAGUCGUGUUAUACCUGACAUCAUUCACUGGUAUCAUCUUUGUUUCCUCUAUAAUAAAGCAUGUUACUAAAUGCUCA